CCCCAGCCCGGAUCUACCGAGCGGUGGUUGGGGGUGAGGGCUGCUCCCUCCCGGAGGGCCUCCUGGCUGCCCUUUGCAAAGAUCCCUUGCCGCAGGUUGGGACCGGAGGCCGCGGACAGUAUGGCCGGCUGGCUCCAGCGCGUCCUAAAGAGGCGCAAGCAGAGCUCCCGUUCGCCCCCCGACACCAGACCCGGAGAGACCCCCGACACCGGACCCGGCGAGACCACCGGCCCCGGCGAGACCCACUCGACCGGCCGCAGCGAGACCCACGAGACGCCCUCCGGCACCCGCUCCUCGCCCCGUAGCGAAGCGCCAUCCUCGGAGUCCCAGGCCCACGCCGCCGGGGGUGGCGAAGGUGCCCGGUGGGGCAAAGCGUACGACGUGUGCGUGUGCCACAGCGAGGGGGACCUGGGGCCUGCCCACGAGCUGGUGUCCUACCUGGAGGCAGGCCCCUGCGGCCUGCGCUGUUUCCUGCAGCUGCGCGACGCGGCCCCCGGCGGGGCGGUGGUGUCCGAGCUGUGCCAGGCGCUGGGCAGCAGCCACUGCUGGGUGCUGCUCCUCUCCCCCGGCUUCCUGCGGGAUCCCUGGUGCAAGUACCAGAUGCUGCAGGCCCUGAGCGAGGCCCCGGGCGCCGCGGGCCGCACCAUCCCUCUGCUGCGCGGCCUGGCCCGGGCCGAUUAUCCGGCCGAGCUGCGCUACAUGUACUACGUGGACGGCGGCAAGCCGGAUGGGGGCUUCCGCCAGGUCAAGGACACCGUCCUCCGCUAUCUGCAGCAGCUCAGCUGAGGAUGCCCCCUUCCACCCCGUCCAAGAUGAAGCCCGUGGGGUGAGACCGAGGACGCAGCCGGAGGCAGGGG